AUGGAGAACAGCAGCAGCAGCAGCAGCAGCAGCAGCAGCAGGAGCUUACAAAGAGACAGCAGCAACUGGACGCAGCAGAACAGGCUUAAGGCUGAUGUCGAUAUACAGCAGCAGCAGCAGCAGCAGCAGCAGCAGCAAGUUGCCGCUGCUGCUGCUGCUGCUGUUGCUCGGCCUGCGGCCGCAGCUGGCACUGUUGCUGCUGCUGCUGCUGCACCAGCAACAGAUACCUACAAACAGCAGCUGGAAGGUCUGCUGCUGCUGCUGCUGCUGCUGCUGUUGCUGCAUCAGCAGCAGCAACAGGAAGAGCAACAGCAACAGCAGCACGAGUAUGGAGAACAGCAGCAACAGGAAGAGCAACAGCAACAGCAGCACGAGUAUGGAGAACAGCUGCAGCAGCAGCAACAGGAAGAGCAACAGCAACAGCAGCACGAACUCAUUGACGGUGCAGCAGCAGCAGCAGCAGCAGCAGCAGCAGCAGCAGCAACCGGGUGGGGGGCCCCCCGGUACCCAGCAGCAGCAGCAGCAGCAGCAGCAGCAGCAACAGCAGCAGCUGCAGCAGAAACUGCAGCAGUACAAGCAGCAUCGAAGCGGAGCUACUCCCCUGCCUACUUAAACUGCAGCAGCAGCAGCAGCAGCAGCAGCAGCAGCAGCAGCAGCAGCAGCAGCAGCAACAGUACUUCAUUCUGUGAAGGCUCCCUUCGUUUGCUUGAGCAGCAGCAUCUGCUGCAGCAGCAGCAGCAGCAGCAGCAGCAAAACAGCAGCACCAUCACCACCACCACCAUCACCACCAUCAGCAGCAGCAACAGCAGCAGCAGCAGGAGCAGCAGCAGCAGCAGCAGCAGAUGGCGUACGCUUCAACAGUGCAUGCAGGGGGCCCCUCAUCGGGGGCCCCUGCUGCUGCAGCACCGCAGCGGCAGCUGCGCAGCAGACCCGUUGAUGGCGCUAAACCCUUGUUUAUAG